CAGAACAACAGACCGUCAACUGAUUUACCGCAACAGACAAGAAGAAAACGGAACCAUCAACCAGGCCACAGACAAUCAAGAUGGCGAAAUUAAUGAAACUAUUUCAUCUUACUCCAUUUCCACGAUCAGCGUGACCGGUUCUGCACAAAAUAUGUCAAGCACAUCUGCCCAUAUGUCAGGCACUUCUGCAGAGGGAGAAAGAGUCGCAGAAGAGGGUCGUUUAACCGUAAACACGCUCAUACACGCUCAUUCUUUUUCGUCUGUUGCCGACCCGCCUUGUUAUGAAGUGGCUGUCGCUCAUAUGGACGAAAGAACGCUCAGGAAACUGAAGUCAGAAGUGGAUUUACGCUCUUUGACUCGUGUGGGUUUACAGGGGGUUUGAAGUGAGUUAGGGAGUCGUAGAGAAUGUGGGAUUAUAUUGCUCUCGAAAUGUGGAAUGAAAAUGAAGAAUGGAACAGUAAUAAAACGAGAAGGAUGUAAUGAUGAAAAAGGUGGGUGUGAGAAGGUAGACAAGAUCGGGGGGUAUGUCCUGAUUAUCAGUUGCACUUUUUUGAAAUAUUAUUUAAUGUGAUGCAACUGUUAGUAUUAUCUCUAAUACCAUGCAACCGUCAGCUGCUCUCUCUCUUAUUAUGAAACUUAUUUCACAAUAUGGAACUAUCAGCUGUUCGUUCCUUAAUUUCCCUUGUUGCAUCAUGGCAAUAAAUGUGAAAAAACGACAUUUUCGUUUAUUAUGUAUUCUACCGAUUUCUCAGAUCUCAGUGCACCUUAUUAAGAUCCUUUAUACGUGAUGAUUAUUUUUGACAAUUAUAGUUUUUAAGUGAUUAUGUUGCGAUUUGUGAUGUUUCUUUUUUUACUGUUAAUAAAGAUUUGAAGAUUU